AUGACUACAUUAGAUUUGACGAGAGCGGAGCUAGCUCUGGUAGUGCUCUACUUGAACAGAGCAGAGGCUAGAGACAAGAUUUGCAGAGCUAUUCAGUACGGUUCCAAAUUCGUGAGCGGUGGACAACCUGGUACUGCUCAAACCGUCGACAAAAACACCAGCUUGGCCAGAAAAGUCUUCCGUCUUUUCAAGUUUGUCAAUGAUCUUCACGGUCUUAUCAGCCCUGUGCCUAAAGGAACUCCGCUUCCUCUUGUCUUGCUCGGAAAGUCGAAGAAUGCUCUCUUGUCUACCUUCUUGUUUCUUGAUCAAAUCGUCUGGCUUGGUAGAUCCGGCAUAUACAAGAACAAAGAACGAACUGAAUUGAUUGGACGUAUAUCACUUUUCUGCUGGCUUGGAUCAUCUGUUUGUACAUCAGCAGUCGAGAUUGGUGAGCUUGGAAGGCUCUCUUCAUCUAUGAAGAAGAUGGAAAAGGAACACAAAGAUGAUGAUGAGCUGUAUCGUGCUAAGCUUCAGAAAUCAAACGACAGAACUCUAGCUUUGGUUAAAUCAAGCAUGGACAUUCUUGUAGCCAUUGGUCUUCUUCAGCUAGCUCCAAAGACUGUUACUCCUCGCGUCACUGGAGCUCUCGGGUUUACCACCUCGCUUAUCUCUUGUUAUCAGUUGCUUCCGUCUCGCCCCAAGUUGAAGACACCUUGA